CACGCGUUUGCGUUUCUAAACGUCGUUGUUUCUUUCAUCGUGGUUCCGCGGAAAAUGUAAAAAACUAUAUUUUCAUUGAUUCUUCUCGGUUCAAAAUUAUUGCAAAAUCUUCAGAAGAAUAUUACUAAUUAGACGUAGUCAAAGUGAAUUUAAUUUUGAGGUGAAGGCGGUAUAAAACUUUAAUUGAAAAAUUAAUGUCUGGCUGAUAAAUGUGGAAAAGUGGUAAAAAUUGGUGGGGACGGUGACAGCGAAAACAUCGAAUAGAAAACGACGGAAAGAAGUUUCAAUUGGAAUGUGCUUGAGAAAAAGAGUGCAAUACAUGUGAUGAACGUAUAUAUUGCAUUCAUGAGCAAGUGAGAAAACGGAUUACUGCUUGUUGAAGGGAAGUCUGAAGUAACGUGCCGCAAGAGCAGCGCUGUCCUCGGAGCGACAGAGGCCUUACUUAUUUUAUGUUACUACUAUGAAGAAGUUUAAUAAGGAAAAUUUGAUCCGAGAAUCACAAACUGUAGUUUAUUACAAAAGUAAAUAAAAAGUGAAUGGUAUAGUUAAAUAAGUUAUAUUUGCCAAAAUCUGUUACAAAACGUAAAAAUUCUCGUCAUUAAGACGUAUGUAUGAUUGUAUAAAAGAAAUUGAGUGCAUGCAUAUGUUAAUGCAUUGGAAUUGUGGCUUCAGCGAGCAUAUUUUUUAAUAAAAAAGUAGUGGUCCCCUGCUGUCGAGUUUGUCCUAGCUAUGUCAGCAGAGUACGAAGACGGUCGAAACACGGCGCAAAGGAAAGACAUAAUGCAGAAAGUAAAAAAAAAUGACAGCAGCAACAAUGACGAUGACACCUUAGAUGAUCUGGCGGGCUCAGCGAACAACUCGAUCAUUGGGAAAGUAAAAUCGCGAGUAUCUAGCAUAAUCCCUAGCAGUUUUUCAAAAUGGUUUUCACCAUCAACACGAAAUAAUGAUUCAUUAAAUGGAAGCCCCAAUUUAGGAGCCGGACGGCGUCGCCGCCGUUUAGAAAUUGAAGAGGAUGAGGAAUAUGAUGAUGACAAUAGAAACACAAAUGAAAAUGAAACUUUUUCUCAUAGAGAUUAUAAGGAAAACUUUGAUAAAGUCAACAAAGACUCAGACGAAGAUGAUACUGAUAACAAUAGUGAAGACGAUUUCCCGAAAGCAAGAUCCCUUCGGUCUGCAAAAUCGGAAUUUGUUAACGAGCCACCUAGUAAACGAUCACGGAUAAGUUUUGAUGUUUCUAGUGUUCAUCAUCAGCCCUUAAUAGCUUCUACUCCUGCGGUCGGCAAUAAUCAUAGAAAUAUCAUCAGCCAUUCUAUAGAUAGUGUAUUGGCCAAGCCCACACCUUCGUACAUGAUAAGUAAUUUCACCGAGGCAAAUGUAAAUAGCAACGUAAAUACACCACAAACAGUAACGUCCCAAUUUAGUACAGCAUAUGUACCCGAAGUUAAACCUAAAGAUACAAUUACAAAUAGAAUGAAUGUUAAUGAAAAACAAAUGGACAGCAUUACUGGAAUAAGCUCAAGAAGAACGUUGCAUCUACCAACAACUUCGUUGGCAGCUAAAGAGCAGAUGGAGUUUUCCAAUUUUAAACGCCAAUCUAUUGGUGGUAUUUUGGAUGCGAAAAAACUGGGAGCAGACAUUCCGUCAGCGAACACUUCAACAAUUGUUACUGAUGUUGAGACUCUCAAUAGAGCCCAACAACCAACAUUUUCGGAUGCGAAAGGGAGGCGUAAUUUAAAUGGAAAUACAUCAACAGUUGUAAGCAGUAAGAAGCAAAAGCUGAACGGUAUAGAGUUGCCUGAGGAGAGCAAUGCAGAUGCUGAAUCGUCUUCGGAAAGCGGUGAAGACUGCGUCGGCAAUAAUUCUGAGUUACCCAAUAUCACAAAUUUGGGGCAACGUAAAACUGGUCUAUUUAAUAUGUCCAACUUAAAUAGCCAAAACGGAAACAAGAGCCGAACUUCUUCGUUUGGGAAUAGCAUAAAUUUUUAUUCUCAUUUAGAAGGCCGCAAAUCACUUUUUUCUGGCGGAGCACAAUGUGCCGAAUCGUCUAAUGUUCUAAAUAAUUCUACUUUGUCUUUGACAUCUUUAAAUAGACGUCAAUUUAAUGCUUCUAUAUAUGGCAGUACGUCGGCACUAAGCGAUAGUAGAUUGCUAAACACAUUCUCACCGUUCUACAAGGGGAAAACGACUUAUGGAGGCGCAGCAGCCUACAAGAAAUACAAUUCAGGUGCUGGGUCGAACAGAAUUUGUAACAUUACACCAACCAUAAUUCGUCCCACUUCGAGUUUAUCGACACUAUCCUCGUCGAAUAAUUCGCUUAUUGCGAACACUGGCGGGUCUAAUGCAUUAAGUGGUCAGGGCAACAAUGGUAUAGAAAACACUUCUGCCAUUUCCAGUACAGCUAAACGAAUAUUAGACUUGAUAAAUGAUUUUGCCACUCCAUUAAGCGAGGCUAAGAAGAUGGCCAAUACGAGCGUCAAGGCAAAUCUACAAAUACUUCCACAAGCUAAAACGCGUUUAAAUGAAACUGACCUACAAGCGUCGCGUGCAAUGCGUCUUGCGCAAGUGCGUACACCUUACUCGCGGCCGGCUGUUACCUUGCAGCCAACAAUCAAGAAUGCAACUAUACCACCACCUGUAAAGGAAUUGCAAGUACCGUCGAUGUCACAGUUGUUACAAAUGAAAAAGAUGCAAAGCACCACCGAACGUUCACGGCAAAUUACAAUGCAAAGCAGUGAUAGUGCCACACGAGCAAUUGUCAGGAGCGGUGAAUAUAAGCUACCCAUAUCAAACGAAAACAAUUCGGUCGAUAAGGAGACCCCACAAGGUCGACAGCAACAGCAGCAACACACCAAUAAAAUAAAAAGCAAAGUUCGGUCAUCUGGUCGUGUUACAGCCUCGAAGAACGCUAUAAAUCUUGAAGCAGACGAGGCACCACCGCCAAUCAAUUUGCCUAAUAUAGCAUUUCCGCUUAUGCAAUCGGUGCCAAAGUUUGACAUAGCUCUACCAAAGGCUCAAAUAUCAAUGCCUCUUGAUAGCCAUAAGUCCGACAACUUGCCCAAAUCACAAUUGGCAAUCGAAAAGAGUACAGUCGUCGGCGGCACUAACAAUAAGAGUGUUUUCACUAAUACAACACCAUUCAAAUUUAGUGCAGAUAGUAACAAAAUUGACGCUACAAAACGCACCAAUCACAUAGCGGAGGUCAAGUCAAUAGUUGGGGAUGAUAAAUCAUUCGCUACAGGAAAUAAAAUGAACUUCAAAUUUUCAGCACCACUGACUUUCGAAUGUUUUGAUGCGAAUGGUUCGCCACAACAAAACUCCAAUACAGUUACUAAAAAAUACACAUUCAGUCCGCCAAGUGCUUUAAACUUUGAAGAUAUUGCAAACGUAUCUGAUGCACAAGCGAAAAUGGAAGUACAAAGUGGUAAAACUAUAGCAUCCCAACUGAAAAGCGGUAGUGUGCUUGAUGCGCUGAAGAAACCCUUCGUUUUGCCGACAAUUGCAAACGAAAUUACUUCAAGCUCAAGCAAUCUAACUAAAGAGACCACAAUUGGGUUUGGUGAUCAGUUCAAGAAAGCCGCAAACAAUAAGUGGGAAUGCAACACGUGUUUGAUUCGUAAUGAGAGUGAUGUAGAUAAAUGCGUGGCUUGCGAAACUCCUCGUACAAAAGCAUCAACGCUUCCACCGACGGUCACAGACACUUCUAAAGCACCUCUAACUGAGAACUCUUUAACUUUAAGCGCUCAAUUCAAAAAAUCUUCGGUUGAGUGGGAGUGCGACGUUUGUAUGAUACGAAAUAAAAAACAAGCUGAUAAAUGUGUCGCAUGUGAGACUGCGCGUAAAGGUGCUCCAGAGUCCACCAGCUUGAGCGCAAGUAAAUGGCAGUCGAAUUCAUUUGGUGAAGCAUUUAAACCAAAAGCCAACACAUGGGAAUGCCCAACUUGCCUUAUAAACAACAAAUCCGAUUGCAGUGAAUGUAUUGCUUGUCAGACAAAGAAGCCAGGCAGCGAGGAUAUCAGUAAAACUGGGUCUGCAACAAACACUAUAAAAGCAACAUUUAAAUUUGGUUUCAGUAAUGUUGAUAACAAGUCUUCCGGUCAAUCAACUGCUCAACCGGAUUCGGGUUUCAAAUCAAUUGCUGCAUCUCAAAUGUCAGCUAAGUGGGAAUGUGAUGCUUGUAUGACACGAAAUGAUGCCGCUCGCAAUAAAUGCGUUUGUUGUGAACAAGCCAAACCUGGUACAACAACAUCCGAUUUUCCUGACAAUGGUCCUACGUUCACAUUCGGCUCAGCCGCAUCAUCAAAAUUCACCUUUGGCUUUGGUUCAAGUGUAAAUGGAACAACGACUUCAGAUAUCGGCGCAGUAAAGAUAUCAGUAGCCGGAUCUAAUCAGAAGACUGAGGAAAGCAAUGCACAGUCCACAAUCCAGCCACCAUCCGUAGGAACUAGCUUUACAUUUGGCAUAAAAUCAACUCCUGCGACAAGUGAAAAAGAUGUUGCUAGCAAAAACACUGAGAACAAGGAUGUCGCUGAUAGCGGCAAUAAUUCUACAAAGAAACCAACUGAGACAAAUAUAAGUGGUUUUAAGUUUGGCUCAAGCGCCAUUCCUGAAAGUAAUGAACUUAGUACUAAACCGAACUUCCAAUUUGGCGUACCAGCAAGCACCGCUACAUCUACGAUGACAUCAUCACCAGCUCCAGCUGCCAAAUUCGGUUUUGGCGCUCCAGCAACAACUACUGUCAAUGCUAUUGUAGGUGAAUCUAAGCAACAAUCCAACUCUAAUGAUUCAUUGACUAGUAAACCUGCGACUGGGGGCUUUGCUUUCGGUACUAGCAAAGCACCUACAGCACCUCAAUCAACUAGUGGAUUCUCAUUCGGCACAGGUACAGCAACUGCAGCAAAAAGUACUACGACAAGCUCAACAACAUUUGCUUUUGGCGCCUCAACUCCCACAACUCAAAUUAGUGAACCAUCAGCGACAACAACUACAUCAUUGUCGACCGCAACCGUUAAACCAAUGUUCAGUUUUGGGAGCAAUACUACCUCGACAACACAAGCAACAGAGUCAAAAACGUCAUCUAAAAUAACAUCAACAACAACUCCUUCGGCCUUCUCAAAGCCUACAGUGGGCUUCAGUUUCGGCAGCGGUGCUGCAGGGCCUGCCUCAGCCUCAGCAUCCACGGCCGCCAAACCAAUUUUUGGAACCUUCAGCUCCCCUACUACUAUUUCCGGAGCUUCAGCUGCUAUUACACCGACGCCCAGUACAGCGAACUCUACAUUGUCCACUGCGCCCAAAAAUGUUUUUGGUACGUUCGGUGAAAGCAGUUUAUCGACCAAAACAACUACUACCUCAGCUACACCGAUUUCAUCAUCCACUGCUCCCUCUUCAGCAAAUCUUUUCGGGUCAGUAAACCAGAAUGUUGCAUCAACUAUCAGUGGAGAAUCCAAGCCCAUUGCUUCAGCGACAAUGAUUUUUGGAAGUGCUGGGAGUGGCGAUUCAAGUAACAAAACCACCGCCGGUGCGCCUUUUGUUUUUGGUUCAUCGACAUCAAAUGCCACCACACAAGGUACAUUGAGCAAUACAACGACAAGUGGCAACGUAGUUGCAUCAGCACCAGCACCAGCUACCGGUUGGCCGAAAGGUGGAUUCGCAUUCGGAGCUCCCGCUAUCAAUUCCGGCACACAGAAUACAAGUGAGACUGCCAAACCUGUAUUUGGUAGUUUCGCUUCUGCUGCUGCUCCAUCAACGGCAGGGGCUGGUGGCUCAAUGUUUGGAAAUUUGGCUAGCAGCGGCACAACUUCGGGCGCGAACUCUACUUUUGGUAGUGCGGCAGCCAAUGGUUCUGCAGUGAGACCAAGCACAAUGUUUGGAGCUAACACUUCCAACACAAUACCGGCCACACAAACAACGCCAAAUCUCUUUGGCAGCGUCUCAGCUGCACCAUCUGCAUUCGGCGCUCCUCCAACCUUUGGAAAUACUGGAAACAACACCUCCAACAACACUCCGACCUUUGGCACCGCCAGUUCGGCAACUUUUGGAAGUUUCGGCUCUACAACAUCGAACACCGGUGGCGACGGUGCAUCCGCACCAAAGAAAUCCGAACCGGCCUUCAAUUUCGGCGGAAACAGUUCUCAAGUCGGAUCAAAUAGCGGCUUCAGUUUUGGAAUGCAAGCGAAUGCGGCGGCUAAACCAGCAUUCAAUUUCACUGCUUCGAAUGCGCCUGCUUUUAACUUCACCGGUUCCUCCAGUGAUGCGGCUAAACCUUUUCAAUUCGGAGCAACACCACCAGCGCCGGUUUUCAAUUUUAGUAGUGGGGCUGUAGAGGCCAACACCUUCAGCGUCAAGCGCCCCGGUUGCUAUGCAGGCUCGGCGAAAAAUCCGUCAACCGGCAAGGCGGCUCCCACCACGGUAGAGCAAUUUAUAAACACAGACGCCAUUAACGGCGUGGACCAACACCAAAACCAACUGACGGGACAAAUACAACGGUCGAGACAGAGGAACGGUCAAGACAAAAAUAUCAACAACAAUAGAACUCCUGCAACAACGCAGAACGGCGAGGGUAAAGCAACAAAUACUAAUAAUAAUAAUUACAGAAGCAGAAGCAUAAUGCCCAAAAUGAAAGUAAAUAAAUAUAAAUAUAUUCGUAAAAUCGACGUCAAUGGUACACAAAGUUCCUGCAAUGUAGCAUCAAUUACUGGGCAAAAUAAUGCAAUUACAGGGAAUCCAUUAGAAUUGUAUAAAGACAGCCAUAUUCAUGAAAUUCCAGGUCAAGAGAUCUCUGGAAAAAGGUUGGUAAAGCGAAGUAUGCGUAUCCAACAUAACUUUAAUAGAAGCCAACCGGACUACAAUGCAUCCAUAGCAACAUCUGUUAAAAUAGAUUCACCAAUAUUCAUGCCAAACCAAUAUCGAAAAGUAAAUUUCAAAAGUGCUGUGCCAGUAAGAAGAUCAAUCGCUGUAAAAACUACGACCGGAAUAUCAAAUGAUAAUUUGUUGCAGUCGUCCCCGCCGCCGUCGCCGUCACCGAAACAGCCAGUGGUUAAUAAAUAUCGUCUGAUGCGUUGCUGGCAAGACAACUCAGAACUGAAUACCAUGCAAAAUGAGUUAUUAGAAUCCUUGCCAAUGGCAAAUGAACGACUGAAUCCUGGACGAAAAGUCUAUAACUCAUUUAUUAUCAGCAAAUUUAAUAGCGCCACUGUUGCGACAGAUGUUAACCUUGAAUCUUAAAGCUCUGCUACGACCACCAGCUGUUGAAUUGCAAUUAGUUAAAGCUGGUAAAUGACAGAAUUGGACGUGACAGAUUACAUUAUUAUUGAUUUCUAAAAGUUACUUUAACCAAUUUACUAUUUUAAGAACUCUAAUACUGUAUAAACAAAAAUUAUCAAGCAGAAAAAAUAUUUAAGAGUUAAUAAUGAGGUUAUAAUAGGUAAAGGAAUAAAUUAGAAAAUAAAAAACAUAACAUCAGAAAAAGAAUUUUCAACAUGCAGUAAUUCAGGAAAUGUGAAUGUAGUAUACUCAUACAUAAAUCGUAAUAAAGGGAACCUAAAAUACUACAACUGUAAAGCUAGUAUGUAGAUGUCCAGAUGACACGAUGCGAUUCAGGUGACACAGAAACGGCAAAAUUUCGAUAUAAGCCUACGCAAGAUUAUAUAUAUUGUUUUGAUAAUAUACUUAUCUAUGUCACUCCCUUUGCGAAUUUAAUUGAGCCGAUUACAUUAAAAAAAUAUAUGUUUUUAUUCAUAUUUAAUUUGAAUUCAACUAGUGUGCUGACAUUUCGUCCCCGGGAAUUGGCGAUAUUACAUGGAAGGACAUCUCCAGUACAGCUCCAUAAAUACAUAUAAAUACUUCUAUUAAUGCAUACUUGCUUUUAAUCAAUUAUUAUAUUUUGUUACUUUUGUAAGAUACAUAAAUAUUCGUUUCUAAUUGAAGAGUGUUAACAAAAUUGUAAAUCUUAGUCUAAUUGAAUUAUCUGAAAUUUGUUUUUGUAACAGGAAAGAAACAAACUUUAAUCCGCAGAAGACCGUUAAAAAUUCACAACUACAAUAAAUUAAUGUACAUACAUGUAAGCGAAUUUUUGGAUCGUACUUGUUUUUCUUUUUUCCGGUGCUGGAUGUCAGAUCCUGGGAAUUUUUAAAUUAAUUCAAAAUUUACGAGUUGACUAUAGUUAUUUAAAUCUUGCAUAGCCCAAGAAGUGUGCUGUUCCUAUUUCAACGGGAUCAGGGCAUAGGGAUAAUAUAAUACACAUAUUUAGUUUUAAGAUAUGUUUUUCUUGUUAAUAAAUUUAUUUUUGUUUCAAAGAUG